GUCCCAGAGGCACCUUGCCCGCGUCAGCCCCCUCAGCCCCUGGAGCCUGUGCAGGUGGGUAUUCCUGGCGCGCUCCAGUUGCAGAAGCCUCUGGUGCCUUCCGAAGAUUUUGAGGAUAUCUCGGAUCAGUGUGGUCCUGGCCUGCAGGCUGAAGAUCAGUCGCCAGGCAGCCAAAGUGACACCGGGCCGCCAGACGAGGAACCCUUCGAAGCGGAAGGCAGCGCCGGAGAGGAGAGCAAGGGAGCUCACGAGGAGAUGCCAGAAGUGGACGAAGAGGCGAUGGGGAGCCCUGUGGCUCCAAAGAUAGAGGCCGCAGCCGAAGAAGUGGAAGAGGAGGAGCAAGUUGGCUAUGCCGAGAUCAUUCGCCGAAAUGAAGACUCCUACACUAUGCCGGAUGAGGAGGAAGAGGAAGGUGUCGACGAGGACCGCUAA